CCCUUGCCGGGGCCGCAGCUAGCAGUCGCUACCGCCAGCUCAGCGGCUCGGACUCACGGACGCGGCUCGUUAGCAGUUCGCCGCACGAAAACUACCAUCGGGCGCCGCCGACCGCACGCCCGCUGCCCGCCGUCCGGUUCAUCCAUGAGCUCAGAUUUCCCACAUUACAACUUCAGGAUGCCUAAUAUUGGAUUCCAGAAUCUGCCUCUCAACAUAUAUAUUGUGGUUUUUGGCACUGCUGUAUUCGUCUUCAUUCUUAGUUUACUCUUCUGUUGCUACUUGAUUAGGCUAAGACAUCAAGCACACAAAGAAUUUUAUGCCUACAAACAGGUUAUUUUAAAAGAAAAAGUGAAAGAACUGAAUUUACAUGAGCUCUGUGCUGUAUGUCUAGAAGACUUCAAGCCUCGAGAUGAACUGGGCAUUUGCCCAUGUAAGCAUGCCUUCCACAGAAAGUGCCUUGUUAAGUGGCUGGAAGUCCGGAAAGUAUGUCCCCUAUGCAACAUGCCAGUGCUGCAGCUGGCACAGUUGCACAGUAAACAGGACCGUGGUCCCCCUCAGGAGCCCCUCCCUGGGGCAGAGAACAUUGUAUAGCUUGCUGCAAGGAUCAGACUGUUGCUGGACACAUCAGUCUGGAGCCAGGAGGAACACAAGCAGACUCUCUUUUGGCUGCUCUCUGCCUGGGGCACCCACUGUCUCUUCCUUUGCUUCAUGAAGAACUCCUGAGCCAGGCAAGCUGAGAACCUAGGCAUCUGGAUCUCGUGACAACCAAAGCACCCUGAUAUCACCCUCUGCCAAAAGGAGUGGAUGAGCCUGCAGGUUUGGUUUCAGAAAGUCCUGAGCAUCCCUUGUCUCCCAGGCACCGCUACAUCAAGCAGGAGGGAAGAUAAGCACAGGUGUUAGAAAGGAACUGCGAAUGGGACUGUAACGCCACACACACCUGUGGACCCAUAAACUGCUGUGCAGAUUUCACCUGCCUCUGUUGCUGCAGACCCUCUUGGUAUCCCAAGUCAAGUGAAACCAGCUGUGCCAUCAGCUGAACACAUCUGGCUGCCAGUAUUUGGUGAGGCCGCCCCUGCAAGGCUCUUUGGGUUCUGUUCCUUUAAUAAGGCCAUCUUGGAACCUGAAGGCUUUGGGAACAGCAGCGGAACCUCUGCCCCACACGCCAGUUCACACUUGCUGUCAAAUCUUCUAAGUUGAAGCCAUGGAAAGGCCUGGUCAGGAGCCAUUCCUCUUCUGUAUUCCCUCCUAGUCAUCAGUAAGGCCCAGCAGGAGCUUGACCCUGAACCUCCAC